UUUUCUUUUUCUUUUAUAAGAAAACAACUUGACUAAAGUCUAAAGAUAAAUAAAUACUCUCUUCCCCUCUUAUAUUCUCUCUCACCCUUUCCAGUGUACGGGAACCGCUCCGCCGCAGCAGCCACCAGCACAGCCGUUUAUUCACUGCGCCAUUUGUCUCUGCGAACAAGCAUGAAUCUUUUUGACAUUUCUCAUAACAUAUGGAUGAAGCUGCAGUAGAUAAGAGCGGUAAACCCACAGAAGAUCAAUAUAUCAAAGACAUCACCGUGUGUUUGAGAAAUAACGAGCAAGGAACCCACAAAAUAUUCUUUUUUAAGUCCUCCAUUCUUAAAGAAAAGAGCAAAUUCUUUGCCGAACAGCUUUUGUCCCCUAACACUGGUUCUUGCAUUGAAUUGCAUUGUUCGCUUGUUGACUACGAUCACUAUGUUCAUCUCUUGAGCCAUCUUCACCUUCCCGCAAGCUCACUUGUUGACUCGUGGAAAAGUGUGAAUUCAGCCCUUGGUGUUCUCCAGGUUGCAGUGUCUCUUCAAUGUGAAGAAAUCGCCAAAACCUGUGUUGAUUACUUAGAAGCUGUUCCUUGGGAAAACAAUGAAGAGGAGGAGAUAUUAAGAAUUGUGCCAAAACUCGGGCAUGUAGUAGCCUUGCCUAUUUUGGCUCGGCUUAAACCCCUAGAUCCAAAUUCUACCAAAAAUGUCUUUCUUGCUGCAGUUAGAUAUGCCAUGUCUAUCUCUACACCUUGCCCUCCAUUUGGUGAUGAGAUUAGGAUCUCCGCUCAAGAACAGAUAGAGUACAUGUUAGGUGAAGAUGAAGACACCCCGUUAGUUAUUGCUGAUGAUGAAGUUAAAUCCGAGAUAAGAAAGGGUCUUUCUCAGAUGUUUUCGAUGUUCCAAAAGGAACUUGCAUCGCUCCUCUCACACCCUCCUGACUUUUCCUUAGAAAAUUCUGAAAAUAGUAUAUUGCACAAUUUAAGCGGUCUUGAAUGGUUGUGUAAUUUGCUUCCUAAGAUGAAUCUAAUGGGAGAUUUUGUCUCGAAAUGGGUUGAUUUAUCAAGCUCCAUACUAAACAUGGUUGAACACCCGAAAUUGGAAUCUGUCAUGUUUAGUUUGAAGUUCAAGCUUAUCGAGAUUACCGCAAAGGUUUUAGAUGCGGUGGGGUAUGGCAAUGUGAUUUUGCCUUCUUCCUGUAGGAUGCAAUUGUUGAAAACAUGGCUUCCUUAUAUCCAGAAAAUGAAGCCUGUACUUGAUUCUGUCGGUGAUGAAGAAACAGGCUUUCCUUUCAGGAUGGAUGAAGACUUAUGUCAGGGGAUACAGGGAGCUAUUGUUUCGGUUAUAGUAGCGUUGCCAUCAAACGAUCAGGCUAACAUACUGGCUGAUUGGAUGGAGUCCGAACAGUUAGGGUUUCCAGAUUUGACUGAAGCUUUUGAAAUAUGGUGUUACAGAACCAAGUCUUCUAAGAGAAGGUUAGUCGAGGGGUUGGAGGCAGUAAGCAGUGGUUCAGUCAGCUCUGAGUUAUCUUCUUGAGUUUGUGUAAAAUUAUUAACCUGAUCGAGGCUUGUGUUAAUCCAGACGGAGUAACCGUAUCCUGUUUAUGCUAGCAAAUCAUGAGAUGAGUGUAGUAUAUGUAAUGUACCUGUAGGUUAUUGAUAUCCAUGUAAUCUUAUGCGAAUGGAGAGGUUUGUAUGGAGUUUUUAGUGACUUUUCGAAUUCAUUCUUUGUACAUUUUUCAUCCCAAUAGAAAUACUAUUUCAUUGUUUUGUCACCGCUUA